UUGACACCGUCUAAACAAGGGUAGAUAACCUGGUGACCCUUUUGAAAUCUGGGAGCAAUGGAACUUCCUGAGGUGAAAUAUGACGUGACAGAAUACAUCGAAACGGCUUCUGGGAAUAAAGUCAGUCGUCAAUCUGUUCUGUGCGGCAGUCAAAAUAUUGUUCUUAAUGGAAAGACCAUCAUCAUGUCGGAUUGUAUCAUUCGUGGUGACCUGGCCAAUGUCAGAAUAGGCAGACAUUGUAUAAUCAGUGCUAAAGCUGUGAUUAGACCACCUUUUAAGAAGUUUAGCAAAGGUGUAGCAUUUUUCCCUCUCCAUAUAGGAGACCAUGUCUUCAUAGGUGAAGAUUCUGUUAUCAACGCAGCACAAGUUGGAUCUUUUGUUCAAGUCGGCAAAAACUGUGUUAUUGGACGCCGAUGCAUCUUGAAAGACUGCUGUGCUAUUGCUGACAAUACUGUCUUGCCUCCAGAAACAGUUGUGCCCCCCUUUACCCUAUUUUCUGGUUCACCUGGUCGAUUUUGCGGAGAACUACCAGAGUGUACACUUGAAAUGAUGUUUGAUGUAACCAAAGGUUUUUAUCAGAACUUUGUGCCUCUAAAUAAAAGCAAAUAGAAAAAUCUCCCUAUUUAUAUAUAUAUUUCAUAUUACAUUCAUUUCAGUGGUGAAAGUGGAACAAGUUUAGUCACACAUGCAACAGUUUGUUCCAUUUAUUGUUUAUCAGACCAAACAUUGUCAAAAUACUGUGCUACCUGCUUUCACAUUUUGCUGGAAAAUAAAAUCAUUUACUUUGAAAAUACAAAGCUAAAUCACAUGAACUCCUCCUCUUUUUAUCAGAUUCUAAAGCUUCUGUUUUCUUUCAUACUUUUAUGAAUCAAUUUAUGGUUUAAAUAAAUUGCAGUUGGUUUUUCUUUCAGUACAAUCAGUGGUUUGUAUUUACCUCAUUUUGUGAGGCAACAGAUUCUUGUUCUAUUGGUGCCGUACAUUAGAUUCCAAACUUUAACAAAUGUAUUGGCACCACACAAACAAAAACACCAAUAACUUAUGCUUUACUGUAGCAUGUGAGUAGCCAACACAUAAACCCACAGGCUGUUGUACUUUCACAUCCAACUCCAGUUAUUGGUUGUUUUAUUAUUAUUAAGAUGGCAAACCGGCAGAAUCAUUUGCACGCCAGGCAAAAUGCUGCUAAGCAUUUUGUCCUUCUUCAUGUUCUGAAUUCAAAUUCCACCAAGGUCAACUUUGCCUUUCAUCCUUUUUUGGGUUGCACACUGGGCUUGAUGUAAUUGACUAGACACCCCUCCCACAAUGUUUCAGGCCUUGCGCUUAUAGUAGAAAGGAUAAUUAUCAAGGCAGCAAGUUGGCAGAAUUGUUAGCCUGCCAGGCAUAAUAAUGCUUAGCGGUGUUUCGUCUGUCUUUGCACCGAGAUCAAAUUCCAACAUGGUUGACUUUGCCUUUCAUCCUUUUUGGGGUCAAUAAGAUAAGAACACUGGGGGUCAAUGUAAUCAGCUACCCCCUCCCCAAAAUUGCCGGCCUUGUGCCAAAAUAUGAAACCAUUAUUAUUGUAUAAAAAAUGGUGAUGUAUAGCACAUUACAGCAUUUAAUUAUAUUUCUUAGUUCAGAUCCUACCAAAGUUAAUUGUCUUUCAUCCUUCCAGAGGUGAGGAGGGAAUAGGGGCCAAUACAAUAAGUAACAUGCUAUGGUGGUAAGAGUUGGCAAGGAUCUAAUCAAUUCCUCCUCCGCCUCCUCCCCUGAAAUUGUUUGAUUUUGUGCCACUAUUAUAAUUAAAUAAUUGGCAUUAUUAUUUUCAAAACUAAAAGAAAUUUUAGAAUGUAUUUCCAGUCAUAGAGAAUUCUACAAUUGUCUGCAGUUUUAAAGUGUUAACAUUUCCUGCUACACAAUAAUUUUCAUAAUUCUGCUCCAGCUUGUUUUGUUUAUUUCAUGCAAUGAGGUAAUUAGAAAUCUUUCUGAUCAAUUCUUUUUAUCAAUUAUAUAUUUAUUUAAUUUUUCUUGAUGGAAGGGGUCAUAUUUUUAUUUGUGUCCUACAGUUGCUCAACAAAUUAUUCAUUGAAUAAAUACAUUAAUUAAAAUAUCUCAGUAAAAUAGUAAUCAGUGGGGUUUUUUUUUUUUUUCAACCAUUUUGAACAUUUGUAAACUAAUAAAUGAACAGACCUUUGGUCCUAGUUUCAGAGUACACACGUUUGUCUUUUUGUUCUGUUUUUUAUUUUGGAAUUUUAAACAUUCCAGGUGUAAUUUUUUCUUCCUUUUUUUUAAGCCAGUUGGCAGGCGUUUAACAGGGAUUUGACUGUUAUUUGUAACAAGUCAAGUCAUCUCUGAGCCUCCCCACAUUAACAUUUUUUCAAGAGGUGGAAUGGUUGAUGGUAUCAAAGAAUGCAGAUAUUCAUGCAAGUCUGUUUCUUUGCAGUUUUAAUUAUUGUUAAAAAACAAUUUAAGAUUUACUUUUGUAAAACUUCUUUGAAUUGACCUUGAACAAAUUCCAAGUAUUUCUGAUUCUCUUCAUCUCAUCCACUGGACAAAUUACAUCCUUAAGGAACAUAGUCCUAUGUGCUAAUCCUUCAUUAGAUCUUAUUCUUUAAUCCUUCUUCAAUAAUCACAAAAUUAAGAAUAUUUCUUGGUUAAUUGAAAGAGAAAAAAAAACACUGGUGAAAAAGAGAAAAAUUAGUUUUGGAUCAUAAUUCAUUUACAGGACACUGUAUAUUAACAGAAUGCAUGAUGUUAUUUUUGCCUCCUACUCAUUGUAAAAUUUAGACAAAUAAAUUAACUUAUAAAAACUU